GAAAAUAAUCUCGACCCCCACCAGAAACAAAAAUGCUGAGAGGGCUGAGAGUCCACGUGCUGUUGGAACAUUAACCUAAAAUUUUGUUUGAAAAUAGAAACAAAGUAGGAAAUAAAAGUUACCAAGUAAUUUAAUAAAAUAGUGUAGAAAAAUUUAAAAACAUGGGUAAAAAUAAUCGGCAUAAAAAAAAUAUAAAAUCUGAGAAAUCAAAAGUUAAAUUAAAACAAACAAAGGCGAAAUUGUUACCGAAAGGACAAAAUAUAACAGACACAACAUUCAAAGUUAAGAAAAUAAUAAUCAAGGAACAAUUAAAAGAACAUGAACAAUCCGAAAUUCUUAGUCGGAGAAAAUUAAAUGUCAAGGAUUUAUUGGUACGUUUGCACCAUCAUAAUUCAUCAGUACGACAAGAAGCAAUAAAAGAACUAGAAGAAAUUUUAAAAAACAAUCCGUCCGAAAUAUUUAAUGCAAAUUUAAAUAAAAUUCUACAAGGUCUCGGUUCAUUGAUUCUCGAUAAAGAAAAAGAUAUCAGACGUGAUACAUUCAAAACAAUAUCUCUAAUAUUGGGCUCAAUAAAACGUGAACAAUUGGCACCAUUUUCCGAUAUAUUAAUCUCUUACUUAUGUUGCGCAAUGACUCAUAUUUCCCCGCCAAUAAAAGAAGACUCGUUGCAUUUUCUUGACAUCAUUGUUGAUAAAUCCAGUCACUUGAUUGCCAAAAAUUCACAGAAAAUUCUCGACCUUUUCUUGGAUUUCAUUUCUAAAGAUAAGUCUCAAGUAAAUCGUCAGCUGACGACAACAUUCAGCUCAAAAUUGACGUCAGUUAAAUGGAGGAACAAAGUUUUUUAUCGACUGUCUAGUAUUUUUAAUACUAUUAUUGAUGACAUCCGGUUGAGAUACUGCUCAAAAAAUGAUUUAACUGAGGAUAAAAAUAUAAAUAUUGACAAUAAUAUUUAUUACUUACCCAUAUAUAAUUAUAAUUCCAAUUUAUGUCACAUAAAUUUCGACAGUAAUUACAAAGAUAUGAUAAGUAAAAAAUAUAACUAUGAAAUUUUCGAAUUCAUAAAAUAUAUUAACACUUUGAUGCCACUUAUUUUUGAAAGUUGGAUUGAAGUUCGCCCACAGGAAACUUGUGACGAAAACAUUUCCCUGAUUUCUUAUGAAACAAAAGAUUUUUUGAAAGCAAUAACGUCAAUAAUUAAAUUAAUUAUCGAAUUUAUUGAUAUCGUCGAGCCUAAAAUAGAUGAAAAUAUUUCGAAAGAAUUUAGUAGUAAAUUUAUAAAUAAUUUAUCUAGAUAUUUAAUCACCAGUUUUCCUUAUUCCUUCAAAGCCGUCCAAGUUGUGGACAGUAAAAAAAAUAAUUCGAAAAGACAAAACGAUUUUGAGACGACAAUUGGUCAUACUCAUAAUAAAAAUUGUCUUGAAGAAAAUUUAGCGCUCUGUUAUAUUUAUAUGUGGAUGGUUUGUAAUUCUAAUGGCAAAAAUUAUAAAGUAAAUGAGGAAUGCAAAAUAAAUUGUAGAAAAAUAAUUAAAUUUGUCGAUGAUUCAUUAAAUAAUUGGAGCUCGGAUACUUCAACUGCAUCGCAAUUAGUGAAACUUGUACGACUAAUUUUUUUGAAUUGCAGUAAAUUUCUGUACAAGAGUGGAAUUAAUUUAGAAAGUACUUUGCAAGCGACAAUUGCUGCGAGUUUGAAAGAUACCACGCAAGUUAACAUGCAAUUGUUCAAAAUUUUUGGAGAUAUUUUAUUGGACCAAUUCAAUGAACUUCACAAGAACGAAAGUUUUAAAAAAUUUAUUAUUAGCUUACCCGAGCUCUUAUUAAAAGAAAGUAUCCAUGAUGAUAUAAUUAAAAUGAUAAAUCAAGUGGUGCUUAAAUACCGUGAAUAUUUACGCGAUGGACUUGAAAAAAACCAAACAAGCAUUUUAGAUAAUGCUAAAACAAUAAAAAUAAUUGGAUCUCACAAUGAAAGCGAUUCGCGUUUGAUGAUUUGUAAUUUAUUUUAUUUUAUCGAUGGUCAGUUUUAUUAUUAGUUUAUAUAUUUUAUAAAAAUGAUGAAAAAUGAAAUGAUUGCAAAAUUAGCAGGCAGUUAAAAAUUUUCGAAUUUUUUUUUCAACGACUUAAUUUAAAAAAAAAAUAUUAAUAAAAAUAUGCACAUGUAGAAAAUUGAAAAAACUAUAGGUGCAAUUUUUUAAAAUAUUUUUUUUUUCAUAAUUUAUUGUUUAAAAAAAAUCCAAAAAUUAUUGGACGUCGGCUGACUCAGUGUCAUAAAAUAAAUUGAUCCUAAAGUUAGCAGACAAUUAAAAAUUUUUAGAUUUUAUUUUGAACAAUUAAUUUAAAAAAAAAAUAAAAAUAAAAAUAUGCAGAUGUAGAAAAUUAAAAAAACUACUGGUGCAAUUUUUUUAAAUAUUUUUUUUUUAUAAUUUAUUGUUUAAAAAAAAUCCAAAAAUUAUUGGACGUCGGCUGACUCAGUAUCAUAAAAUAAAACCUGUACAUUGUAAAAAUAAAAUAAUAAGAUUUGAAUAAAAUUGAGGAAUAUAAAAACAAGUUGACGCAGUAUAUUAUUCAAUCAAUAGUUAUAGUUUUAUAACAAACGAUUCAAAGUACUUGUAAAAAAGUUACAUUGUAUAAAAAGAAGUUUUAAAUAUUCACCUGACAUCUGCGAAUCCGUUCGUUUAUAAAUUAAUCGAUUUCUGAAAAUUGAAUAAAAGUUUAAAAUUAAGUUGAAGUUUAUAAAGUCAUAUUAUUAUUAUUAUUAUUAUUUUAUUUGAUGGUGAAUUUACUGAAACGACCAGUUCUUUUUAUUUUUUGUUAAAGGAAUCACGGCUUUCCUGGUCUUGUUUAUUGACUUUUCAGAUUAGAUUCAUCGUAUUAAUAAAUACAUGUGGACUAAUAUUAUUAGUACGCACUGUAAUAAAAUACAUUUAUUGAAUAAAAUCAAAGU